AUGACUAAGUAUUCACGCUAUCACCGAAACGAUGGCCACACCACAAAGGAAUGCAAAGAACUCCAAGACAAGAUUGAAGAAUUGGUUCGUGCUGGCGACUUUCGUCGCUUCAUUCGCCGAGAUGACCACCCUCCAAGAUCCGAUCACCCUCCACGUUCUUACCACCGACGCCCUCCCCGCGAUUCUCGCCAUGACAAACGUCUAAGUCAGCCCACUAACCGCGACCCCCAACCUGCUCGCACUGAUAUCACCCCGACCAACCCCCACUACGCGGCACCAUUAACACCAUGUCUAGUGGCUUUGGAUGACCCCAUGGUCAUCAUGGUUGAGUUGGAAAACUAUGCCGUCAAGAAAGUCCUCAUUGACCAAGGCAGUUCCGUUGACAUCCUCUAUUGGGCAACGUAUCAGAAACUCCAGCUCCCUACCACCGCCAUGGUUCCAUGCGAUGAACCCAUAUAUGGAUUCUCAGGGGAAAAUGUCUCCACCCGUGGCUACAUCGACCUCUACACCGUUUUCCGUGAUGGCGCUCAAACCAAGACAAUCCCUAUCCGAUUCCUUGUCGUUGACGCGGCCACAUCCUAUAAUGUCUUCCUCAGCUGA